CCACCGCCGCCCCGGCGGAGGACGACGCGGGGGAGGGCGGGAGGCAGCCGAGGCAGCGGCGGCCGCGGCCGUCCCGAGGAGGCACCCAUGCGGCGCAGCGUGAGGAGGCGGCGGCGGCGGCCCCAGGCGGCCCCGGCGGCGGCGGCGGCGGCCGCAGGCGGCGGCACCCGGGCCAGGGGAGGUGACGGGCUGGCGGCGGAGCGGGAGGAGAAGGUGGUGUACUCGCGCUCGCAGCUGUCCCUGGCCGGCAGCACCAAGGCGCUGGGCGACGCCUUCAAGCUCUUCAUGCCCCGCAGCACCGAGUUCAUGAGCUCGGACGCCGAGCUCUGGAGCUUCCUCUGCAGCCUCAAGCACCAGUUCUCCCCGCACAUCCUCCGCAGCAAGGACGUCUACGGCUACUCGUCCUGCCGGGCCCUGGUCCCGGACCCCCCGGGACCCCCGGCCGCCGCCAAUAGCCAUCCCGCUCGCGGCGGGGAGCCGCCGUCGCCGCUGCUGCCACCGCCGCCGUCCCGCCGGCCGGCCCCCGGCGCGGCAGCCAGGAGGAGGCGCCGAGGAGCCGCAGCCGCCCGGAGAGUCAGGAAGCCGCCGCCGCUGCCCCACCAGCCCCAGCCCGCGCCCCCGCCGCCGCCGCUGCCCCCGCCGCCGCCGCCCGGCCUGCCCGCGCCCCCGUGCUCGCCCCAGCCGCCGCCGCCGCCGCCGCCGCUGCCCCAGGCGGGCAGCUUCGGGGGCCGGACCCUGGAGGAGAUCUGGAGAGCCGCCACGCCGGUGCUGACCACCUUCCCCACCAUCCGCGUCGGCCACGACGUGUGGGGCGAGCGGAGCCUGGCGGCGGCGCGGCGCAGAGCCCAGCAGGUCCUGCGAGUGAACCUGGAGCCCGUGGUGAGGCUCCGCCGCUUCCCCGUGGCCACGUCCUGAGACUUGAGAGCGGACCGGCCCCCGCCGACCCCUCCCCGGCUCCCGGCUCCCGCCUCCCGCCUCCGUCCCUCUCCUGUGCGCCCCGGCCCGGCUCCCCGUGCGCCGUCCCUCAGCGGGGACCCUGCUCUUCCACUUCGUGGGAUACCCGCCGCCGUUCUUCCCCACUUUUCACCCCAAGGAGUCGAUGCCUCCGGUACCGGUACCGCCGCCGCCGCCUCCCUUGGGGACUGAGCUUCCGCCAGGAGAAAUGAACAAGUGUCAGUCUAGUGUUUACAAUUCCGGCCCGGACCGCGUCCCCUUAGUGCACUUUAUGGGCAAAGAAGGUUCAUCUGAUUGCUUAUCUCCGCACCCCCUGCUCCCCCGUCCCGGGAUGAAGGAACUGUCCGGCUCUGCUCCUCUCCUUCUUCACCUUGAUCCCGCGGGAUGGAGGAGACACACCUGGACUCCCGAAGGGGCAGGACCACAUCCUUCCCCCACCCCUCACCCCAGACUGAGAAGUCGCCUGGACUCUAGGGGGCAGAUCCGUUUUAUCCCUUUUGGACUCUACCUCACUGGUCUGGAAGUCCACCGAAGAAGUCAUUAUUGUUCCAAAGGAAUUUUGUUUCAUGCUUGUAUAAUAAAGCCAGAUUUUACUUAGCUUGUUUCUUUUCCACCACCACCACUACCGCCACCCCUCUUUCUGGACGGAGGAUCAUGGAUGUUUUGUGGUAUUGCACUAAUAUGUGCUCAGGGUAUUCUGAAUCCCAUGUGUUCCCCAGUUUUUACUGGCUCCUGGAGCUUUGACCUAAGUAUACGUUUUUAAAAGGUUCAGGGCUUUUAUGACUGUUAUUGGUGCAAGGAUUUGUAUGGCUUUGAGCUUCAUGGGCUCAGUGAUUAUAAAGAGUCACAAAAUAGAACUGUUUAAACAUUUUUUAGUCAUUUUUAAAAUUUUUAUAUCUUAAUUAAGUUUAUAUUUACUGAGCACCUGAAGAUAAUAGUUGCAUACUGAUUUUUUUAUACCAUUUUGUUUAGAAAACGCUGACUUGUUAAAUUCAGUUAAAAUGAAUAAAAAUUAAAAUGUGUUGAAACAACAUGGUUGUAAUGAAAAAUGAACUAAUUUUUAAAGAACCUAUUGUUGGUUACACGGAUAAUAUAUGGCACCAAACAAAACUGGAGGUAUAUUGGCCUGGGUCCAUGUACUAGUCUAGCAUACAAAUCCAGCAAGAUUAUUCCAAGCAGGAGGAUUUGUAAAUGAGAAAUGAAUGUGUAUGAGUUCAAAUUCUUAUCAAAAUGGUAGGCAGAAUACACAAAUUAAUUUUACAACUUGAGCAGUAGUGACCAAGAGGGAUGGGAGCAUUUCUUGGUAUUUAAUAACUGGUUGUAAUUUAAAUUGGGCCAAAUAGCUGCUUUUUACUUUUUUAGUUAUUAGAUAACAAGAGAUGCCCAACCUAGUAGUCAUCGCUUUUUUUCUUCCAAAAAACCCCUCGAUGUUAUGACAAAAACAAGUUGUUGAUCUUGUGUUUAAGAUAAAAGUUUGGAUUCCUCUUUCAGUUCAUAAUCAUCUGCAGUUCUGGUCUUUUUCUAUCGACCUAAGACCAUAAUGACCAAUAAGCUAGCCACAUUUAAAGCUAACCCUUCAAUUACUGUUUUAUAUUAUGUUUAUACUCUGGCCAAAUGUGGGAUUCUAGAUUAUCCAAGUGCCUUUGGUAAUGGUGGCAGCAAGACUUCAUGGUUUGUAGCCAGUGGUGCCAUAACCAGUUAUCACUGCAAUACCUAAAGGGUCAAGUAGUGUUUUUUUGUACCACUAUCUUUCAAGAUUUUAAUUAUUCUGCCAUGGAAAAAUCCAUUCCAGGCAUGGAACUUGGCAUAUGAAAUCCUCAGUGUUGAGGUUUAACUCUGCUUGGCAGCUUCUUAGGGAGUAUAAGGAAAGAGUUGCAUUUUUGACUUUUAUAUUCUUAGAACUCAUAUUGGCUUAGCUUUUGAAAUGAGAUCUUGCAGACUCAAUAAUCCAUAGGUUUUUUUUUUGUGAAUGUUUUUUCUUGUAUAAAAAAAAUGACUUCAUGCCAGUUUUUUCAGCAAUCUUCUCAUGGUCCGUAAUUCACUUAUUCCAUGACCUUUUUUUUUUUAAAUCAAUACAGUCACAUAAGUAAAUAAAAGUGAAUAAUUUAUUAGAAGAUGAAGAAAUGUUAAAUUGUAACUGUUAUGGAAGCCUAGAUUUAUAUUUUGGGUUACAAGUUUUCGUAUCUAGUUGUAUUUCUGAUGCAUAGUAUUCCUUUUGGAGGACCUAGUAUUAAUUUUUAGGUAUGUGAAAAACCUGUUUGUACUGCAUCAUUGAUGCCAUUUUAUGUAGUUUUAUAAGAUUUUAAGUUUUACAAACAUACCUAAUGGCCAUAUUAGGAUGUAACUGCAGUCUAUAGAUUAUCCAGAUAUUUCCUAGAUGAUUGUGAAAUCAGAUUUCUCUUGGAGGAUGAAUUUUAUAAUUCUUGAUCAGCACAUAACUAUGAAACAACGGUUGACACCAUGUAUUUAUUUUGAAUGAGUUCUGAAUUUCUUUUCAUCUUAUGCUUUUGAAAUUUAGUAAAUUUGUGACUUGCAGAAAUGCUUCCCUAGAUUGUUUUAGCUUUCUUGGUUUCAGUUGGAUAUAAUUGCCCACCCUGAGUCCAAUAUGUAAUUUAUAUGAUCUCACAAAACAAUGCCAUUUCUAGUUUGUGAAGUAUGGUGUGAAUUUUUUUUUAAUUUUUGCCAAGUUAUUUUUUUAAAAAAUAAAGCCAAUGUAAUUUCUAAAAUAUGAAGAAGCCUCUAAUGUAGUUGAUAAGUACAAUAUUUUUGGCAACUGUGUGGAAGGUAAAUCUUAGCACAAUGGCCUUUAUUGGCAGGGGAGGGUAGGAGCACUCAUUUACCACCACCGUCUACAGUAAAUAUGUAGUUCAGUUUGUAUAAAAUGUCUUAGGAACCCUAAAUCCCAUGAUUCUCAUUUGUUCUCUUGCCUUCUCUUAUCUUUACAUCUCAUGUGGCACAAAUGGAGUGUAAGCUAGAAAGGAAUUUACCAACCUUUCUUGCCAUAGUUUUUUGAGUGCCUAAGUAUGAUGGGUGCUUUAAAUAAUACUUAGAUUCUUUAUUAUCACUUUGACCCUACUUCCUGCCAACCAGCAUCCUACUUCCCUGACUAGAAACCUAUAAACUGAUGAUUGUUGAGGGCAUACUUCAUUGUUGAUAGUUGAGUGUUGCUGUUGUGGUGUGUAUUUACUUUGUCCAAUUUGAACACUCUAUUAUUGGACAUGUAUAACUUUGAUGCUGGUGGCUGACAGCUCUUGACCCAAUGUGUAAAUCAUAGGAUUAUUUUUUCUGAGGACUCCUAAAUAGAGAUACAUUUUAAAAUAUUUGAAUACAAAAAGUUCAAGUAAUUAUGAAUUCAUUGUAGAUUUUUAAAAAUCAGAGUCGCCACAGCAGUCUUGAAUUUGAUGGUUUUUAAUGGAGAUAUAUAAAAUAUUUGCUUUAGAUUGGUGUGUUUAAAGCCUUUUAUAUAGACUGUUAUGUCUUAAGUGCAUUAGAAAGCAAUUGUUCGUGAUGGAACUGAAGUGUUUCCCUGGACAGUUCUAUUUGAUGUGGAUAUGAUCAAGGUUUAUAAUCUGGUUGUAUUUUGCUCUUUAAUUUAUUGACUGUAAAUAAAUUUUAGAGAAUA